AUGCCGAUAACUCUGUUCUCACAGGCUCUUCUCUUCUUCAUCGGCACCCUCACGAUCUUCAGCCUCACGCUCAUCGUUCCACUCUUUCCCUUCACCGGAGCACCUCUCCCUCACCGCCAUCCCUGCGCCCACCUCAUCAGCCCGUCGCUCUCCGCAACUUUCGACUGGAGCUCGCCCAGUGCAUUGGACCUCGCCUUCUGCAUUCAACACCGGCAGCCGAAACCCUCAACCUGCCUGUUCUACACUUCGGACGCCCGGCUCGACGCAAGGCGCUAUGCUCAGGAAUCCGGCAAUAUCACUAUCUACGAUGUCUAUGACCAGUAUUACUUCAACCCCGCCCACCUUCCCGGCAGUCAGUGGAAUAAGCUGAAUGUUACCAGAAUGAUGUGGAAGAUCACAAGCAAAGCAUACGCAAUGCGCUGUUCGGGCAAAGUGAGUCUGGUGCUGCCGUGGAACGUGAGCGAUGAGGCGGUGUGCCCGAACAGUAUCUGGGUGACUGAUGAGUAUGAGGUUAUAAGAGAAGCGCAGGGUACGAUUGAGUUGCCCGUGAACAGGAUCAGCUGGGUACCGGAGGACGAAGUUGGGGGAGGAAAGUGGGUGAGACGGCCUUUGCGUAAGAGGAGCGAUGCUGGAGACGGACAAGGAGGGCUACCCUCUGAUUCUAGGCGACGUGUCAAGCGCGGUGAGAUCAGGUCGCCAGAAGCUGUUGGUGCAGACGCUAGCCAGAUUGCGAUGGCUGAGACGAUGGUGGAUGAGCCAGUGGUAGAGAUGGACGAUUCUUCUUCAUCUGUUAACAAGCUCUCGGAUGAGCUGACGAGGGGACUCUGGGACGAUAAUGGCGAUGAUCCGUGGGCUGUCUAUCAACCUGACGAUGUUUGUGGCCGGCCGUGA